GUGCAAGGCCUGAGCGCGUGCCUGCCGUCGCUGCUGCCCUUCUUCUCCAACCUGCUCGUCACCUGCAUCCCCCAGGAAACAGACAACGCCGACGAAGCACAGCGCCAGGAAUACUAUAUGGUGGUGCGCAUGCUGCUGAAGACGCUCGCUGCGUUUGUGGACUGGGUGCCGCUCAAGGCGCUGUACAAGAACAACCUCCUGCUGAUGCUGUGCGAGCUGCUGAGCGUGGAGCCCCACCGCCAGGCUGCAGCAGACUGCCUCCUCCUCAUUGUCGAGCGGAAGGGCCCCCGUGACGAGCGCGCCCCGCUGCUUGAUAUUCUCCAGCACCUCGGGCCCAUUGUCGCCUCAGUGGAGGCGCUGACGCAGUCGAGCAUGGACAACGAGGACGUGUACACGUUCGUCAAGCGCCUAGCACAGGUGAUCACGGUGCUGGGGACAAACCAGCUGUGCAGUCUGUGCGGGCCCGGGUCCAUCAAGCGCGAACCCCCAAAGAACUUUGACGACUACGUCCGCGUCCUUUACGAAUUCACCCUCCACCCAAGCGCGGUGGUGUCGUCGCUGACGUUCGUGUGCUGGGCAACCAUGCUACGGAACGACGUACUCAAGCAGACCGACGUCAUGAAGCGCCUCCAGCUCCCGCUCGCCGAAGUCCUCUGCGACAAGAUGGUGCGGCGCGGCAAUCCCGAGGUCGGCUUCUUCGGCGAGUCCGCUGUGUUCAGCGAGCAGGACUUCAGCGAUUUGGAGGAGUGGAACAGCUUCUUCUCCGUGUACCGCAGCCAGGCCCUCACCAUCCUCAGCCUCAUCAGCACACACUUUCCCACAGCCAUGGUGAACCUGCUUGCAACAAACCUGAGCAAUCUGGUGGACAACACGCCCGCCGCGCUGGAGAGUGCGCCGCGAAAUUCAAACGGGGAGCUUGAGUCGCACGCGGAGGUGCUUGAGGCGUGGGAUGCAAUGGGCCGCAUCUGGGAGGCGAGCGCCCCGCCAGCACACGACCAGCUCAUGCAGCAGCUUGCAAAGGGCCACGACUCUGGCGCAAUGGCCGUUCUUGGGCAGUGCUUCCAGGCUGCGCUGACUUGGGCGAGCCGCGAGCCGAAACUCUACCUCUGCGAACUCUCCGUCCUCGGCUCAAUGGUCGUCUGCCUCAACGAAAUG